ACUACCAGCCGGCCAGGAGAACCAGAGGGAACGUGUGCGCCCUGAGUGAUUGCUGCCCGCCUGUUUGCGGCUCAGCAGCAGGUACUAGCCCCUUCCAUGGGCUCAGAGGCCCCGUCCGGGGGUCACAUGCAGACUCUCAUCUUCUUGGACCUGGAGGCCACUGGCCUGCCCUUCUCCCAACCCAAGGUCACGGAACUGUGCAUGCUGGCCAUCCACAGAUGUGCCCUGGAGAACUCCCCCAGCCCUCAGGGGCCGCCUCCCACAGUACCUCGGCUGCCCCGCGUGGUAGACAAGCUCUCCCUAUGCGUGGCUCCGGGGAAGGCCUGCAGCCCUUCAGCCAGCGACAUCACGGGACUGAGCACAGCUGCACUGGCGGCACAUGGGCGUCAACGCUUCAAUGCUGACCUGGCCAACCUGCUCCGAGCCUUCCUGCAGCGCCAGCCACAGCCCUGGUGCCUCAUGGCACACAACGGGGACCGCUAUGACUUCCCCCUGCUCCAGGCAGAGCUGGCUGCACUGGGCCUUGCCAGUGCUCUGGACCGUGCCUUCUGUGUGGACAGCAUCACUGCCCUGAAGGCCCUGGAGUGUGCCAGCAGCCCCUCCGAGCGCGGCCUAAGGAAGAGCUACAGCCUGGGCAGCAUCUACACACGCCUCUAUGGGCAGGCCCCACCAGACUCGCACACGGCCGAGGGGGACGUGCUGGCCCUGGUCAGCAUCUGCCAGUGGAGGCCACAGGCCCUGCUGCAGUGGGUAGACGUUCACGCCAGGCCUUUCAGCACCGUCACGCCCAUGUAUAGGGUUGAAGCCUCCACUAGGACCAACCCAGGCCCAUCAGCUCCCACAGCCACUGCAGCCCUGGUCACAGCCAGGGACACCAGUCCCAACCUUGUGGGGGGCAGGAGGCCCAAGAGUCCUCUUUGUAUGGAGGGCCCUGGAGCCCCAUCCAGGGAGGGGCUGCUAGCCCCACUGGGUCUGCUGGCCUUCCUGACCUUGGCAGUAGCCACACUGUAUGGGCUGUCCCUGGCCACGCCUCAGCCAUAGGGCCAAGGAGGAAAAUCUAAUAAAG